ACGAAGCUGGUCCUGCCUUAGACGAACGGUGACCAACGAGGUAGUCGGACACGUACCCUUUCGAUUUUGGGUAGCCUCGAGUGAAAAGGAAUACCAAGAACAGGAAGAACCGGUGGAAGAAACAACGGGAAAAGUUUUCAGAAUAGAAAAUUCACCAAUAAAAGAUUCAAAAAGUAAGAAUUACGAGUGAAAAGGUUAUCUUCUUGUGAUGAGCGCUGAACCAGGAAAAGAUGGAGCUCCAGAUGGACUUGCUCCACCAGCGGGUGAGCCGAAUGCCGACGGAAUCGUUGGUGGACCAAGAACUCCCCAGCAGAUUGCAGCACAGCGACGACUUCAGCAGACGCAGUGCCAGGUUGAUGAGGUUGUGGAUAUCAUGAAAACAAACGUAGAGAAAGUUCUGGAGCGAGAUCAGAAACUAUCGGAACUGGACGACCGAGCCGAUGCCUUGCAACAAGGAGCCUCCCAGUUUGAGCAGCAAGCUGGUAAACUUAAGAAUAAAUUUUGGUUGCAGAAUCUUAAGAUGAUGAUAAUUAUGGGUGUAAUUGGUCUAGCCGUUCUCGGUCUUCUUGUGUUGAAAUUCAUGCCAGCUGAGCAGCCCCAGCAACCGAUGAUGGCUGGCCAAUACCCGAUGCAGCAGAUACCAAUGCAGGUCCAAGCUGGCCAGGCGGCUCCGGCUGCACCAGCUGGACUCGUACAGGAUGUCGCCACGUUAGUUUCCAGCCAGCGCCGAAUCGUGAAUUAAUACCGACAAUCUGGUGAGCGGUUAAUCAAAGCGAUUUGAAGGUGUUUAGCUAAAAGUAUAUAAAUAAUACAACUACAGUUGUUUGGUCAGUGAAUGCAGAACAAUUUUAAUUACAUAAACAUGUAACGUUCUAAAAAUAAACUAAACUUUUCCUUCAUAAUACUUCAAAUACAAUUUCACAUACAAUACAAAACAGUGUUAAAACAAGGAGCUUUUUAACCCCUUUGCUGCGGUUUAACCGGAUUGAUUUGGACUGUAAAUACGACUUAUGUUGAAUUUUGCCUGAAUAUACAGCACAAGAUUAGGUAUUGCACUCUUCGCUUACAUUAUUACAUUACGUGAAUUGUUAUUCAAAUAUUUAGUAACAUUGGUUACAUAGUGACAUGCGAGUUAGUUUUUACUUUCAGCAAAGCUAGGUUGUUUGAAUACAACAUCAUCGAAUAAAUGUAUACUUAUAAUGUUACUGAACUCUAAAACGACACAUUUGGAAGAUGGGAUUUUUUCGCGAAUGAAAUUUAUAGGUAAACAAAGCAAUCAUGCCCGAAUUGCGAUGUUUCGCAAAACAUCAAACAUGUUUCGGUUGACAUAAUAGGAGAACAUUGCGAUCGGCAAAAAAGCGAACAAAACACUGUAAAGUUCCAACGAAAUAAGCGAACACAAUUCCAUACUAUAACACGUUGCUUUGUUUGUUGAGGAAAAGUAUAAGAAUAAAAUUAAAAUAAAACAGUUAUAGAAUUGAAGUUUAUGGAAACACAAAUCUACCAUAGGACACAGUAACUAAAAAUGCCGACAAAGGAUAUUAGAACGAUAUAAUCAUUAGCAAACGAAUCCAAGAAUCAGUUUUGUAGCUAUAGUUUGUUUCACAAUUCAAUACCAACUCCUUUAUAAUGGUAAUGGGGAGUUUUAGUGGCACAUCCAGCACAUGGCGCUUCUUAGCAUUCCACCUGGCGCAAAGCAUCCCCGAGUGGUAUUUUUAUAUGUAUCAACGGUAUUUUAAACAUGAUUUUUUUCAGUUCAAGAAAUGGAUUUAUAAUUUUUUUCACCUUAUCUAGUCAAAAGCGAAUUACUGACUUCAUACCACAUGGAUCAGGGUAAGAACCACAAUUAUAUGGAAUACUCUAGUAUUAUGCUAUAUUUAGUAAAGGAAUGGUGUGAUGUUACAAAAUAGUCAUGUUUUCUAAACCACACCAAUUUUCAAAUAAUUUGAACGUAGUACAUUUUUUAAUCUAAACCAUGUAUUGAGAACCUAGUAAGUUCAAGUUCUAUGAAUCAUAAUAAAAGCCACAACUAAUAAUA